UAAAAGUUGCUAAGUGCUCGUGUCAUACUGCAUUAAGAGUGCAACACACCUAUUCACUAGAAGUAUGCCACAGAUGAGAAGACAAAUUUUCGUCCAUCUUCUCUUUGCAUGGCUUCUGCUUGCAGCUUCUGCACUCAAUCAUGUCACUACCAGUGUUCAGCAUAUGCAGUCAGUUCAUUUCAAGCUCAGAACCCUACAGGCUAGCCCAAAGCCGCAAACUGAACAUGGCAUGUUUCCAUGGGUUAAAGAAGAGAAGAAACGUAAAAGCCCAUCAGCGCCAAACCCAAUAGGGAAUCAACGCCCACCAUCUAAACCUUAGUGAUGGAAACAGUCGUUCGGCAUCAGCAUUCUGUAGACAUCAAUAGCUAGCCGUUUGG